AUGAACGAUAGUGACGCAGUGAACUGCUCGUCCAUCAAAUUUAAUGUUCGCGGGCCGCUGAUCGAACAAGAAAAGCACACGGCACACGACGAAGCAGGUGCUCGUCCACACUCGGCAAAACGUAAUGCUGCUUCAUUACACACAGAGCGGCCCAGCACCGUAGCGAGCCAAUCGUUGAGGAGUGCAGCGUGGCACAGGGUCCAAGCCAUGGCUGUCAACCUGCCGUCCGAUUAUGCUUUAGCGAUCACCACCCAUAGUGCUAUGUCCCAGGCUGCAGAGGAGAAACGGGCAGGUUCUGGUCAGAUCCACAACACGCGCGCGAACCUCAAGAUAAAAAAUCACAAGCUGGCCGUCGAUGCUGCAGCAUCGAGGUACAGGCUUGCGCGUAGCAAACUCGUGAGUCUCGGUCUCUCGCCAGAAGACCCCACGUAUAGGGAACUCCAAGUCUCCGACGUCGUCCCCUUUACUGUAUAUACCGUGGAUCAACAACUGGGAGAUAGCAAGAGACAGCCGUCCUGGAUCUGGUCGGACUUCCACUUUGUCGAGGGCCAGAAUGAAGAAAUCCGGCAAUACUGUGAGGAGAUGUUGAAGGUGCAUUGGUUCCGUCGAAGCGCGCUAAAAACGCGGUGGCAAGAGCAGCUCAUGUUGGUCGAAGAAGAGAUGUGUCGGAUCUUACGCUUCUUCGACUACCAUGAAGAGUUAUGGAGGAGUCGAGUAACGUCGGGGGGGGGAACGGCUGGGCUCUCGGCCUAUGCACGCAAGUAA